AUGGUGCAAAUUUACGUACACGAUAACGAUUCAAAGGUGGACUUCAGAGCGUUACAUGAUAGUGGCAAGGACGUGUCGUUAGAACGACUUGAGAAAUUAGGAGUGUUUUACAAAUACUGCGAGAGCCAGGAAGAAGUUGAAACCAUCCGCAAGCAAAGAUCAUAUAAGAAUCGGGAUGAAGUUUUUAUAAGGCCUGAGAGUUUCCCAAGCAUUGAAGCUUAUGAAGAGAAAUUAGAAAUUUUUUACAAGGAACAUUUGCAUGAAGAUGAAGAGAUCAGAUAUAUUUUAGAAGGAGGGGGUUACUUCGACAUUCGGGAUUCUACGAAUGAGGAAUGGAUCCGGGUUAAGGUGAUGCCGGGAGAUUUGCUAAUCCUUCCUCCUGGGGUGUACCAUAGGUUUACCGUUACCGAGGAUAAUUUUUGUAGAGCCCAACGGUUAUUUAAGGACGAACCAAAGUGGGAAGCUUUCAACAGACCAGAUGCAGAUAGUUUGCCAAUCCAUAAAGAGUAUGUGUCUUCGUUAGUUGCUUGA